GGCUGGUGUUGCUUUUCUCGGAUCCUUCUCCGCCGCGAGCAGGAGCGCGUCCGGUGAUCGCUGAUCGGGAGGGAUUUCCUCGUUCCCUCGGGAAUCGCUGACGCGACGAGCUGGUGGUCCCGUGAGUUCCUCCAUUCCAUUGACCAGCGUCCCCCGGUGGCCUGGUUUCGAUCAUCGGUGCAUUCUGCUGCCCCCCGGUGCAGCAUUCCUGCAGGAUAUAAAAGGACCGGUGCAUCGGCCGGGGACGAUACAGUCCGUUCUCGGUGGUCAGCAGGAACAGAAGCAGCAGCAGAACCAGCAACCAACUCCACGGUACAAACACCGGUCCGGUCUUCGAUACGGUUGUUGGGCUGCUACCAAGGUGACGCGACGCCUACUACCCGUCGAUGAUGAAUGGGACCGAACCCGGACCUUAGUGCGCUUAGUGUCUGUCUGGAGAAGUCGUUCCUUCUCCUCCUCCUCCAUUGCCCGUCUGCCAUCGUGUGAAUUCUCCUUCUAAGUACGCACUACACCCCCCCUCUGGUCCGGGAUCUUCCGUGAGUUGCAUCGCGUCCGGAUUUCGAUUGACCACGGAUCGCGUGCUCGUCGCUCGGGUGUGAGAAAACGGUGCACAGUUCGUGGAAGUGACUUUACAUCAGUCUUUGCUCGGUGAUAUCAAGCGUGAGCGUGUGUGCUGUUACAGUGUCUGUUGCUGUUGAGUCUUUCAAUUUUUUUUGCUGCUACUUAACGGACCUACCGUCACGCCGCCCCGUUGUGAUUGUUGUGUUGAUUGUUGUCCAGACAGUUUACUGACAGACGACCGACCGAUCAAUACGCGCUGAUUGAUCACUGUCAAUAUGGCGCGCUUGUUCGGUGGUUCAGCGAGACGCACACGGGCCUGUCAUGGGCCUUGGCUGGCCUCGUCGUUGCUGAUCUUGACGUACCUGGCAUGUCUCGGGAGCACGGAACAGGAAGUGAUAGUGGCGAUCGACGAGCCUGGCAAAACGCAGUACCAUGAGGCGAACUUUAAUACAAGUUCCUAUCAGUACGGCUACAAGGUAGGCCCGAACGGACAGUUUCACCAUGAAUCGCGUGGACCCGACGGUGUUACCUACGGCUGUUACGGCUACAUUGAUCCGAAUGGACUGUUACGAGUAACACAUUACGUUGCGGAUACUCAUGGCUAUAGGGUGGUAGUUCCAAAUCAGCCCGUCGAGAUAUUUGCCGAAGCUCCAUCGCAGUACAGCAACUCUAUAUCAGAGGAUGAACCACAAGAGCGACGACGAGGAGAGUUACGACCCUGGAAUGAGCUGUAUCUACCGAAGGGAUGUGGAAUGUUCCCGGGAGGAAUUAGACCAGGGGGCCCAUCUGGUGGUAAUACACCACCACCUUCUCCUCCUUCUCCUGCUCCUACGCCAGCACCAACACCAAGACCAGGAAGCACCGGUGGAAACGGAAGUUCGCAAGGAACCUAUCCUCCUAAUCAAGGGCAAGGUCAAUGGCAGGGUCAAGGCCAGGGUCAAGGGCAAGGCCAGGGUCAAGGACAAAGCCAGGGUCAAGGGCAAGGCCAAGGCCAAGGACCUUCUCAAGGACAAGGACAGGGUCAAGGCCAAGGGCAAGGACCUUCUCAAGGCCAAGGACAAUGGCAGGGUCAGGGUCAAGGACAAGGACAGGGUCAGGGACAAGGACAAGGACAAUGGCAGGGUCAGGGUCAGGGGCAAGGACAAGGACAAGGACAAGGACAAGGGCAGGGUCAGGGACAGGGUCAAGGACAAGGACAGGGUCAAGGACAAGGACACGGACAGGGGCAAGGACAGGGACAGGGGCAAUGGCAAGGGAGUCAGGGUCAGGGGCAAGGACAGGGUCAGGGUCAAGGACAAGGACAAUGGCAGGGUCAGGGUCAGGGUCAGGGUCAGGGUCAAGGGCAAGGACAGGGACAGGGGCAAUGGCAAGGGGGUCAGGGUCAGGGGCAAGGACAGGGUCAGGGACAAGGACAAGGACAAUGGCAGGGACAGGGUCAGGGUCAAGGACAAGGACAAUGGCAGGGACAGGGUCAGGGACAGGGUCAAGGACAGGGACAAGGACAGGGGCAAUGGCAGGGCCAGGGUCAGGGUCAAGGACAAGGACAAGGACAAGGACAAGGCCAGCAACAGGGAACACAUCAGGGACAACAUCAAGGAUCUCAUCAGGAAUCACUUGGAUCCGGGAGCCAUCAAGGACAGCACCAGGGAAGCCAUCAGGGUGUUCAGGGUGGACAGCAUCAGGGGCAACACCAAGGCUCGCACCAAGGACCCAUCAGUUCGGGUCAGCAUCAGGGCCAGCAUCAAGGAAGCCACCAGGGGACUAACGGUGAGCACCAGGGGCAACAUCAGGGUUCCCAUCAGGGACCUAUCAGCUCAGGCCAGCACCAGGGUCAACAUCAAGGGAGCCAUCAGGGAACUAAUGGAGAGCAUCAAGGACAGCAUCAGGGCAGCCAUCAGGGACCGAUAAGCUCGGGAGAGCAUCAAUCGCAACACCAAGGUAGCCAUCAAGGCAUUCACAGUGGACAACACCAAGGACAGCACCAGGGCUCUCAUCAAGGACCCAUCAGUUCAGGCCAGCACCAGGGCCAACAUCAGGGAAGCCACGAAGGAAUACACAGUGGACAGCAUCAGGGAGAACAUCAACACCAGCACCAGGGUCCGAUCGUUGAAAGUCAGCACCAAGGAAGCCAUCAAGGAAGCCACCAGGGAUUGACGCAAGGUCAGUUCCAGGGACAGCACCAAGGCCAACACCAGAACCCCAUCAGUGGUAACAAGGAGGAGCACAACGUGCAGGUGCAAGUGUCUUGGGGCCAAGGCCAAGGAUCCCAGGGCCAAACUCAAGGCCAAGGCUCUCAAGGACAAUCGCAGGGUCAAGGAUCGCAGACCCAAACCCAGGGUCAAGGAUCGCAGACCCAAACCCAGGGUCAAGGAACGCAGACCCAAACCCAGGGUCAAGGAUCGCAGGGCCAAUCACAGGGUCAAACACAACGACCACCAGUUGGAGGUACUACGACGACGGACCGUCCAGCGCAGGGACAGGGACCACCACCGACCGGUACAACGGCCGUCCCUGGUUCUCCCGGAACCGCUAUCGGUGUGUAUCCACCGACGAAACCGAUCGACACGAGCUCUCCACCAGCUGGCAGCACGAACGGUGGCAGCAACAACAACAACAACAACAACAACAACAAUCCGGACAAUCAACCCACCAAUCCCAACUACCAGAUAGCUGUCUCGCAGUAUCCGUACUUCUUCGUUCCAUACCCCUACCCACCACCGAGUGUACCGCAAGCGCCCUGCAACUGUCCGGCUGAUCAGCAGAACCAGCAACAACAAGGCCACCAGCAGCCGACCGGCUAUCUCGGAUUCAUUCCCGUCAUUUACAUUCCGAACUGUAAUGCACAGAACAGUGGUGCACCGAAGACUUUGCCGGCGAACUUCAACUGGCCAGCGCCUCCACCGCUCGGUAAAACGCUGGACGAGCUACCAGCUCAGCGACUGUUACAAAAGCCAGACGGUAGCUGGGUGCUGCAGCGUGCCCGCAACCGUUCCCGACGACUCCGCACUCGCCGGCCACCGGCGGUACUGCCUGCGGAGCUUGCGAAUGUGAAUUUUCUCGGGCGCAAGUAGAACGCGCACUGUGGUCAGGGACUCGCUAGAGAAAGGAUAAUACUCAUCUUAGGCUUAGCUCAUCAAAUAAAGUAACGUCGGAGUGAGACAAUGUGCGAGAUAGAGAGGGAGCGGAAGGAGUUAGUAUGCUUGCAGGAUUGACACGUGACUGUGGCCACGGUUUACCGUUGCAUUCACACUCCUCUCCCUACUGUGAUGACUGUGUUCCGCCGAAUGAACGAUAUUGGACAAGCGGAAUGCUUUAUUCGACGACGAUCACGUGUGGCCAGAGCUUGCCUUAGCGUUUUGAGAGCGUAACACUUAGUUAAGCCAAUCGGGAGGUCUUGCUGGAGAGUGGAGUGGCCGUUGUUUGCCAGAACAAUUGCUGUUAAAUUAUUUAGAAUUCUUGAAAUUGAAUAAAACGAAAUAGACGCAUUUACGGAGAUUCGGUGGUAUGU